AUGGACUUCGAUAUGUUGCAGACUCGCUUAGGCGAGAUUGCUCGCGCAACAUCUUCGAAUUUUCAAAAGCUUCCCGGCUCAGCUAUGAUCGUACGAUAUAUCCAAUCCAGCUACCAAAAUGAUCCCGUGCGAUCCGCUAUUGAACUGGUCCUUGUGCUGUUCUUUAUCCGCUACCUUAUGUCGCCCUCAUACUCGACUCACAAGCAAAAUUUUGUUAAGCUGCAAGAAGGCGAGAUUGAAGAGUUAAUUGAUGAAUGGACUCCGGAGCCAAUUGUGGCCGAUCGAACGGCUGUAGAAGAGAUUGAGAACGAGAGACUUCCGGUUAUUGUCGGACCGACUGGCCCGAAAGUCAAACUAUCCAAUGGACGGACAGCCUUGAACUUGGCUUCGUACAACUUUUAUAACUUCAAUUCCAACGAACAGAUCAAGGAGAAGGCUAUUCAAACUUUGCGCACGUAUGGUGUUGGCCCUUGCGGCCCUCCUCAGUUUUACGGCACACAGGAUGUCCAUGAAAAGGCAGAGUCGGAUAUUGCCUCAUACCUUGGCACAGAAGGCUGCAUUCUCUACGCACAAACAUUCUCGACUGCAACAAGUGUCAUUCCUACCUUUUGCAAGCGUCGCGAUGUCAUCAUCGCUGAUGCUGCUGUCAAUUAUUCUAUUCGUAAAGGCCUAGAGAUUUCAAGGAGCAACGUCAAAUGGUUUAAACAUGGCGAUUUGGACGACCUCGAGAGGGUGCUCAAAGCGGUUGCAAAUGAACAGGCGAAAUCUGGUAAAUUAACUCGUCGAUUUGUCGUCACGGAGGGCUUUUUCGAGAUCACCGGUGAUGUCACUAAUCUACCUCGAUUGGUUGAGUUGAAGGAAAAGUAUAAGAUUCGAAUCAUUCUUGACGAAACAUGGUCUUUUGGAGUGUUGGGACGAACAGGACGUGGCCUUACUGAGGCACAGAAUGUAGAUCCACAACAGGUGGACAUGAUCAUUGGCUCGCUCGCAGGCCCCUUGUGUGCCGGAGGCGGAUUUUGCGCCGGAUCUAAAGAUGUGAUUGAGCAUCAGCGAAUCACCUCUUCUGCUUAUACCUUCUCUGCAGCCCUACCGGCCAUGUUGGCUAUGACUACAAGCGAAUCACUGAAGCUGCUCCAGUCGAAUCCCGACAUUCUUGUUCAGUGCAGAGAGAGCAUUCGGGCCAUGAGAGCGCAACUUGAUCCACGUAGCGAUUGGGUCGUUUGCACCAGCGCAGUAGACAAUCCUAUCUUGCUUCUGGUAAUUAAGCCUGAAGUUGUCAAUGCAAAGAGAUGGACUGCUGAUGACCAAGAGAAACUCUUGAUGGAGUGCGUCGAAGAGUCGCUGGCAAAUGGUGUUAUGAUCACACGACUGAAGACAAGGCCUUAUGCGAAUGCUAUAGCAGCUCCAAACGACUGGACACUGCAGCCAGCCCUUAAAAUCUGCGUUACUUCUGCGCUUUCUAAGAAGGAUAUUGAAAAAGCAGUCAACGACAAGCUAGAGUCGAUCCUGGCAGGCUUUGGCGUCAAGGUUGGCCGACAGAAUUACACCUACCACUCGGCCGGACAGGAAUAUACUGGGGAGAAUGUGUAUGGCAUUCUGCAAGCCCCUCGCGGGGACGCAACAGAAGCCAUUGUACUGGUGGCUGCAUGGAAGAGCAUAGAUGAACAGCUUAACCGUAACGGCAUCGCGCUUGUGCUCACUUUAGCUCGCUAUUUUAAACGCUGGUCUUUAUGGUCGAAGGAUAUUAUACUGCUUCUACCUCCAGAUAGCACAACUGGAACACAGGCCUGGGUUGAUGCAUAUCAUGACGCUCAUGAUUCUAAACACAUUUCACCACUGCCGCUCAAGUCCGGUGCACUACAGGGGGCUAUCGCGAUCGAUUACCCCCAUGAGCAGCGCUAUCAUGAGCUUCACAUUAUUUACGAUGGCACGAAUGGACAGCUGCCCAACCUCGAUCUUAUCAACUCGAUUGUCAACAUUGCGGGAGGCCAGAUGGGUAUUGAGACCACCGUGCAGCAGAUGACUGGCCAUACCGAUAGCUAUCAAGAUCGACUUCAAACAAUGCUCCGUGGUAUGCUGUAUCAGGGCCUUGGAUAUCCCACUGGUCCCCACAGCAGCUUUAUUCCGUACCAUGUGGACGCCAUAACUUUGCAACCUACCGGUGAAGGAUGGCACGAUGAGAUGGCGAUGGGUAGAGUUGUUGAGGGAUCCUUUCGAAGUCUCAACAAUCUUUUGGAGCAUUUGCAUCAGAGCUUCUUUUUCUAUCUUCUCAUGCAAAAGAAUCGCUUUGUGAGCAUCGGCACUUAUCUUCCCAGCGCCAUGUUGCUGGCUGCCAACUUUACCAUCAUGGCCAUCUUCCUCUGGGUUAAGAGCGGACAACCUACGGUCAAGGAUGUGGACUCGAGCAAGGAAAAGAAUGAUGGUAUGAAUCGCAAAGGCGAUGCCGCGCCAGCUUCCUGGACUCCUCUUGCAGUAGAACGGAGCCUUCUCUCACCUCUUACUUUCGUUGCGAUAUGCCAUUCCAUCUCUGCAAUUCCUUUAUUUGUGUUCAACCAUCUUGGCAUAAAUGUGAGUUUUGAUGCGGCCGUCUUCUUUGGUGGCGCUUGA